AUGGAUAAUUCCAAUAAAAAUGGUGAUGUCGCUCCAGAUGCAGAUCUAGCUCAGGCCUAUAAAGAACUUCUACGAGGCGAAAAGACAGCACAGAUGCUCGAAUCCAACCUUACAAACCUCGAAAAGAAGAUUGAUGAUAUCUUAGAGAGAUUCGAAGCACAAGAGUCGGAGGCGCAAACAAAGGCUAAGGAUGGGGCCAGUGGCGAUAAGGAAGAAACAAACGAGAAUGGGCACAAGGAGUCUUGA